CAAACAUAAAUGCACAUGCGACCAUACACUCUACAUUCUUUAUGGACUGGCAUGCCGCACGAGAGGUGGAGAAAAAGAGAGGGGUGGACUUGAACUACAUUUCAAAAAGCACGAGCUGAAUCGCAUUUAAUCAACCUUAACUAAUAUGCCUGUGAUAAAUGUUGAAGAAGCAGCUUUCUGAACUUCUGAACGGUCGCCCGUGUCAGCUACAGCGUUCUGUUAUGACGAGGUUCAAUUGAAUUGUGUUUUCUAACUGGAUCUUGCUUUUAGAAGUAUUUCACUUGGCUCCCAGCGUCUCCUCUUCGGCUUGGGCGCAUAAUACGUGCCGAGUAUUCGGCUGCUGAGUGUGGGCCAAAGCACAGUGACUGAAUGAACGUGGUACCUUCAGGUGUUUGGAAAUUGCUCCCAAGGAUGAACCAGACUUUUGGAGGUUUUUUUUCUGAGGUCUUGGCUGAUUUCUUUCAAUUUUCCCAUGAUGUCAAGCAAAGAGGCACUGAGUUUGAAGUGACAUGGAGAUGCAGCAUGAUCCAGAUGUGCAGUUUAAACUGGCUUAUCCAGACUCAGGAGGAACUGACCCAGUUUACAAAACCCGAAUGAGGGGCCAAUGGUCCAGUAAAGUGGAGUUUAUCUUGGCUGUUGCGGGACAGAUAAUUGGUUUAGGAAAUGUGUGGAGGUUUCCAUAUCUGUGUUACAAGAAUGGAGGAGGAGUAUUUUUGAUUCCAUAUGUGGUCUUUCUGUUUGCCUGUGGCAUUCCUCUCUUUCUCUUGGAAACUGCUCUGGGUCAGUUCACCAGCCAAGGGUCUAUCACCUGCUGGAGGAAGAUCUGCCCACUAUUUGAAGGUCUGGGUUAUGGGAGUCAGGUGGUCGUCUUAUAUUCCAGUAUCUACUACAUCAUCAUUAUGGCCUGGGCUUUCUUCUAUCUCUUCUCUUCUUUCAGUGGUGAACUACCAUGGGCUAGCUGCAGGAACUGGUGGAAUUCAGGUAGUGACAAAACUGUUUUCUGUAAAUCUGUGAUUUGCAAGUUUUGUGGAGAAUUCCAGCGGAUUUAUAUUAUUUACUGCCUUACAGACACCUGUGUCGAGUUUGACCGAAUGGAAGGGAUAAGAAACAUAAGCUUUAUGGAAAAUGCAUCAUCACCUGUCAAAGAAUUCUGGGAGAGGCGAGUGUUGAAAAUCACCAGCAGUGUGAAUGAGCUGGGCAGUGUGAGGUGGGAGCUAGCUCUGUGUCUCCUGUUGUCCUGGAUCAUCUGCUACUUCUGCGUGUGGAAGGGAGUGAAGUCCACAGGGAAGGUUGUAUAUUUCACUGCUACCUUUCCAUAUGUAAUGCUGCUGGUGCUUUUGAUUCGGGGUCUCACGUUGCCUGGAGCCAUUAAUGGCAUUAACUUCUACCUCUACCCCAAUCCUACACGCCUUGCAGACCCACCGGUGUGGAUGGAUGCUGGAACACAAAUUUUUUACUCCUACGCUCUUUGCAUUGGUUGCCUCACAGCUUUGGGAAGCUAUAAUAAGUACAACAACAACUGCUACAAAGAUUGUGUUUAUCUGUGUCUGCUGAACAGUGGAACCAGCUUUGUUGCAGGCUUUGCCAUCUUUUCUGUGUUGGGCUUCAUGGCAUUUGAGCAGGGAAUUGAUAUUUCAGUAGUUGCAGAGUCAGGUCCUGAUUUGGCCUUCAUUGCAUUCCCAAGAGCCUUAGCCAUGAUGCCAAUACCUCAGCUGUGGUCCAUAUGUUUCUUCAUAAUGAUCAUUUUACUGGGGCUGGACAGUGAGUUUGUGACUUUGGAAGCUCUCAUGACAGCUAUAACAGACAUGAACCCUACCUUCUUCCUCCAAGGACACCGUCGAAAACUAUUCCUCCUCCUCAUCUGUGUGGGUAGCUUCCUCAUUGGCCUCCUGAUGGUGACAGAGGGCGGCUUGUAUAUCUUCCAGUUAUUUGAUUACUAUGCCUGCAGUGGAAUGACCCUCCUGCUAUUUGCGAUUGCACAGUCAAUAUGUAUUGGCUGGUUUUAUGGUGCUGACCGUCUAUAUGAAAAUGUUGCAGACAUGAUUGGUUAUCGUCCUUUGUCGCUAAUGAAAUACUGUUGGAAAUACAUCACCCCUAUUGUGUGCACAGCCACAUUUGUCUUCUCUCUAGUCAAAUUCACUCCAUUAAAGUUUAACAACACAUUUGAAUACCCCUGGUGGGGCUAUGCUGUUGGCUGGUGGUUCACUCUCUCCUCAACAUUGCUGGUUCCCAUCUGGAUGAUCUACGUCCUCCUCAUCACCCCUGGUACACUGAAACAGAGACUGCAUGUCCUCUGCACUCCAUCAAAUGACUUGCCUUUGACAUCAGAAAGACAAAAAGAGACCCUGUGACCACAUCAGGAAGUACAACAUGUCCUGUCACUGAUAGAGAAGCUUUGAAAAACACAUUCUUAGGCUGUAAUUGAGACAACUGUAGAUAUCGUUAAUGCCUCUAAAGAUACACAAUCAUGUGAGUGAUGGACUGUAGAAGAUCAUAAACAGUAUUUUGGUUUUUGAAUGUUACUGUCUCAGAUAUCAGGCAUCUAAACUGGAAAUUAGUUACCAUGCCUAGCACACUAAUUUGAGAUCGAGCACAACUUCCAUGGAGUAGAACUGUAUCUGAGGGAAACUUCAGUUUCGUCCUUAACUGCAACAGCGUCAUGACCUUAUGUAUUAUAAGCAGUUGCAAGAUAUCAGUCCUUCUGAAGAAGAUGGCAAUGGCCAUAGCUGAUACUGUAAAACAUUACAAUAAUAAGGGAAGGGACCAUUCACAUUUUGGAUAGACCAAUGUUCAUUACAGUUGGUAUAUGAUUAGAAAACCUUAGAUACUGUGUUAUUUUCAGUUAGAGAGACUUCAGACUGCUUGUAAUGGUUUAACCAGAGUGGCUCGCUGUCCCUAGUGACAGAAUUACAAGGCUUGUUUGGUUCAUUAAAGGAAUAGUUCACCCAAAAAUGAAAAUUUGCAGAUAAUUUACUCACCCUCAGGCCAUCCAAGAUGGAUCUGAGUUUCUUUCACCAUCAAAACAGAAUUUAAGACUUUUAGGAUUUCAUUUCA